AUGCCGCUUAUCCAGGACACCGAAGACUGCGCGUUGGAGCCCAUCGCCAUCGUGGGCAUGGCAUGUCGGCUCCCCGGGUCAAUCGACUCGGCUUCGGCACUGUGGGAGGCGUUGGAGAAGAAGAAAUCGGCGCAGACUCCGCGCGUGCCCAAGUCCCGGUUCGACAUCGAUGCCUACCUCCACGACAAUUUGGAGCGGCCCGGCAGCUUCAACGUGCCCGGUGGCUACUUCCUCGAUGGGCCGCUAGAGAACUUUGAUCCGACCUUCUUCGGCAUGACGCCGGUGGAAGCCAAGUGGCUCGAUCCGCAGCAGCACAAGAUGCUAGAGGUAUGCUACGAGGCACUCGAGUCGGCGGGCAAACCGCUCGAUUCCGUCUCGGGCAGCAACACGGCAGUGUACGUGGGUAGCUUCACCAGCGACUACCAGCAGAUGUCAACCAGAGAGCCCGACUUCCGCCACAACUACGUUGCAACAGGAGUGGACCCGGGCAUCAUCAGCAACAGGAUUGGCAACACGUUUAACCUGCGCGGACCAAGCUUUACAAUCAACACGGCGUGCUCUUCGUCCAUCUACGCCAUCCACAACGCCUGCCAUGCUCUACGAGCGCGUGACUGUGACGCCGCCAUCACCGGCGGGGUGAACCUCAUCCUUACCGUAGACCAGCACAUGAACACGGCGAAGCUGGGCAUUCUCUCGCCAACUUCGACGUGCCACACGUUUGACGCCUCGGCAGACGGCUACGGUCGAGCCGAGGGCGUGGGCGCUCUGUACAUCAAGCGGCUGUCCGACGCCAUCCGCGACGGCGACCCGGUUCGCGGCGUCAUUCGGUCCUCAGCCGUCAACACCAACGGCAAGGUCCCGGGCAUGGGCAUCACGCACCCGAGCGUCAAGGGCCAGGAGCUCGUCGUGCGUGCGGCCUACGAACGCGCGCGCCUGAACCCCAACAACACGGCCUACCUCGAGUGCCACGGGACCGGCACGCCUGUGGGGGACCCCAUCGAGGUGCGGGCCGUGUCGAAUGCCAUGAACGACACUAGGCCACUGGACAAGCCGCUGCGCGUGGGCGCGAUCAAAGCCAACAUCGGCCACAGCGAAGCGGCGUCUGGCAUCUUUGCGGUGAUGAAAGCGGCAUUGAUGACGGAAAAGGCGGUGAUUCCCGGCGUGUGCGGGCUGAAGACGCUCAACCCGGCCAUCCGCGAGGCGGAAUGGAACGUCAAGGUGCAGGCGGACACGGUGCCGUGGCCCAAGGACCCGUCGGGCGUGCGCCGCGCGAGCGUCUCCUCGUUCGGGUACGGCGGGACCAACGGCCAUGUCAUCGUCGAGAGCGUCGAGUCGCUGUACCCGUGGUACCACCACGGCGCCGCCAAGCAGGACGCGGCGUACGAGCACUCGACCGCCCGCCCGCUGCUGGUCACGCUGUCGGCGCACGACAAGACCACGCUCGCCCGCAACAUCGAGGCCCACGCGCGCGUCGCGCCCCGGUACUACCUGGCGGACCUCGCCCACACUCUCAACACGCGCCGCUCGCGCUUCGCCACGCGCGCCUUCGCCGUCGCGCGCGAGGGCCGCGAGGCCGACGACUUGGCCUUGUCGCGCUUCUCCUUCGGCACAUGUGCGGGCACGGCGGCGUCGCAGCAGAAGCUCGGCUUCCUCUUCACCGGCCAGGGCGCGCAGUGGGCGCGCAUGGGCGCCGAAGCCAUGGCGACCUUCCCGGCCUUCGCCGGCACCAUUAAGGCGCUGGACCGCGUGCUGCAGCGCCUGCCGGAGCCGCCGUCGACGACGCUGGAGGAGGCGCUCCUGGCCCCGGCCGAGGCCAGCCGCGUCCACGACGCCGAAGUGUCGCAGCCCGUGUGCACGGCGGUGCAGAUUGCCAUUGUGGACCUGCUGGCCCAGUGGCAGGCGGUGCCGACGGCGACGGCGGGGCACUCUUCGGGCGAGAUCGGUGCGGCGUACGCGGCCGGGCUGGUGUCGGCCCCGGAGGCCAUCCUGGCGGCGUUCCUGCGCGGCCGCGCGGUGCAGCAGCACUCGCCGUCGGGAGCCAUGCUGGCAGCGGGCCUGGGCGCCGUCGACGUCGCGCCGCACCUCGACGGCAUCGACGACAUCGUGAUCGCCUGCGAGAACUCGCCCAGCAGCGUCACGCUCAGCGGCACGCAGGCGGCCGUGGAUGCGGUCAAGGCACGGCUGGACGCCGCCGGCGUCUUCGCCCGCGCGCUGCGCACCGGCAGGGCGUACCACUCGCCGCAGAUGGAACGCGUUGCCCCCCACUACAACCGGGCGCUCGCCGAUGCCGUGCGCCAGCUCGGCCCCCACGACGCGGAGUGGCGGCAGCCGCGUGCCCGCAUGUUCUCGUCCGUCACCGGCAAGGAGGUGCUGGAGGACACGCUGGGUGCCGAGUACUGGAGCCGGAACCUGCGCAGCCGGGUCCGCUUCGACGACGCCGUCAAGGCGCUGGGCACCGCCCCCGAGCUGGCCGACCUGACGACCUUUGUCGAGGUUGGGCCGCACAAGGCGCUGGCCGGCCCGUUCCGCCAGAUCUGCCAGGCCUACGGCUUCGACCGCGCGGUGCACAUCCCGACCCUCGAGCGCAACGCCGACUGCGCGGUCCAGCUGCUCAGGACGGCCGGCGCGCUCUUCGCCACCGGCUACGCCGUCGAUCUGGAGGCCGUCAACGCCGAGCCGGGGCAGGGCCUGGCCGGCAAGCACAGCACGCCCUCGGUGCUGGUCGACCUGCCGCCGUACCAGUGGAACUACGACAAAGUCCACUGGUCGCAGCCACGCCUGAGCGCCGAGGCCCGCACCCAGAAGUACCCCAGGCACGACCUGCUGGGCCGCAAGCAGCUGGGCGGCUCCGAGAACCACCUGGCCUGGCGUAACGUGCUGCGCCAUCGCGAUGUGCCGUGGCUGGGAGACCACGCGCUCGGCAAGGCCGCCGUAUUCCCCGCUGCCGGCCAUCUGUCCGCCGCAAUCGAGGGCCUCCGCCAAAUCAGCGAGCAGAAGGGAGUCGAGGUCGAGAGCGUCACGCUGCGCGACAUUUCCAUCAAGACGGCGCUGGUGAUCCCCGAGGACGAGGGUGUCGAGGUCGAGAUCCGCCUCACAAAGUCGACCGCUUCGUCGCCCGAGUGGUAUUCGUUCGCCGUCGAGUCGCUCCGGGAUGGCAUCUGGACGGUGCACAGCCAAGGGAAACUGGCGGCGAACUUGAAGAAGUCGGGCGCCACGGCCCAUCCGGUGAAGCCCGAGAGCCUUCCCGACCGCGUGGCGGCCAAGACCUGGUACAACGCCUUCGACCGCGUCGGCUUCGAGUACGGCCCCAGCUUCCAGCAGCUGGCCACCGUGCGGACGGACGGCAAGGCCAACCACGCCGCAGCGGCAGUGAACAUCCUCACCGAGAGCGGGCUCAUGGACGGCGAGUCGCGGUACAUACUGCACCCGUCAACCAUCGACGCGUGUCUGCAGCUGAUCAUCAUCUCCAUCCACGCGGGCAAGCAUAAGACGAUGCCAUGGGGCGUCGUGCCCAUUGGCAUUGCCGAAACCACGCUGUGGUUCCCCGGCGCCGCGACCGUCAACACCGAGGGCGAGGCGGUUGCGUGGACCGACGAGCGCGACGGCCGUCACUUCAACACCCACUCGAAGCUUUUCACCGGCGCCGGCCAUCUUCUGCUGGACGUCCAAGGGCUGCGCUGCGUCUCGUACGAAGCGGCCAUCCCGCCUUCGUCCGGCCUGGAGCUGCCGCCCCAGCCGUACUCGCACGAGAUCUGGAAGCCCGACAUCGCCACCCUCACAACCCCCGCGGCCGUGGAGCUGUAUCCUGGAAUUGCAUCUACCGAGGACACAAUCACCAAGACAGUCGAGCUGCUGACCCACAAGCAACCCGUGACCAGGGUGGCCAUACUUGCAGCUGCGCCGACGGUCUUGGCCGCAGCUCUCCGCCCCCUCCUCCCAGAGGGCGCUUCGAUCAUUGCCAGCCCUUCGGCCGAGGAGGAGGAGCAGACCGAAGGGCUGAUUGACGGCCAGCUGGAUCUCGAGCAGGCCAAGGGCAGCAACCUCGACCUCGUUGUAGUCGGCAAGGGCUUUGCCGACGCCAGCACGCUGCUGAAAAGCGAAGCGGCCCUAUCGACGACGGGCGCCAUCAUCGUCUGGAGCGACGCUCAGUCAGGCGACGACGCGGCCACAAGCGUUGGCAAGUCGGGCCUGCGGGCACCCAGCCUCCGCUUCGACCUGCCCGAUGGCACGGUGGUGUUGGCGACGCCUCGACAAGAGCCGACCGGGCACGCGCAACAGCAGCAGCCUCUGCAGGUGCUCACGACAAGGCCGUCCGGGGCGUCGGCGAGCGCGCUGGUCGACGCCCUGGCGGCCCACGGCGUCGCGGCGGCCGCCAAAGACGUGGCCGAGGCCGACCUGACCAACACGCCGGCCUUCGUCGUCGACGACACGAGCGGCGACCUCCUGCUCGAGCCCGACGACGCCGUUUUCGCGGCGCUUCGAGCGGUGCUCACGUCGGGCGCGCCCGUGGCCUGGGUGACGGCCGGCGUCAACGACGCGACGACGUCCGGCAACGUGGGCGGCGCCAUGGCCAAAGGCUUCCUGCGCGUCGUGCGCUCCGAGCACGCCGCCGCGCGCGUCCUCCUCGUCGACGUGGACGGCGUCGAAGCGGCAACAACGUCACCGACGGCCGCCGCGCUGCUGGCCGCGAAGCUCGCCCACGCGCCGCCGCCGCCCACCAAGGACUCGGGCGCCGACGUCGAGUUCUGGCUGCACCGGGGCGUCUGGCACGUCCCGCGGCUCGCGCCCGACGACGAGCGCAACGCCGAGGUGCGGGCCGACGCGGGGCUGGUGGACGCCGCGACGGUGCUGCGGCCGGGCGCGGCGCUGCAGGGCCGGCCCGAGGGCGCCGGCGGCACGCUGGUCUUCGGCCCCCGGGACGACGACGAAGAGGAUGACGCCAAGGCCGUCUCCAUCCAGGUCGGCUGGGCCGAGCACGACGCCGCCUCCAGCGGGCCGACGGUGGUUGUCGGGACACGGGCGCAGGCGGCGGACGGCAGCGGCAGCGGCGGCGGCAGCAGUGCGGCCUACACGUGGGACCGCCUCAGCACCGUCGUGCGCGUGCCGGCCGACGCUGUGGCACCGCUGGACGGCCUCGACGGGCCGACGGCUGCGGCGAGCCUCGGCGCCGUCGGCGAGGCGGUGCACGCGCUGCUGGACACGGCGGCCGUGCAGCCGGGCGCGCGCGUCGUGGCGGUCGAGCCGGACGCGCGCCUGCUCCGCGCCCUGGCCGGGCUGGCGGCCGUCGUCGGCUUCGAGCUGCGGGCCGUGGCCGGCUCGGCCGAGGACAAGGCGCGCUACGAGGCCGUGGCCGGGCUGGCGGCCGACGCCGUGGCGCUGGCCGGAGACGUCUUCUCCGGCGCGGCCGCGGCGCCGCACGUCGUCGUCGCUCAGAAGGUGUCGCCGGCGGUGCAGGAGCUCUGGCGGUCCGUCGGCGCGGCCGGCAAGCUCGUUGUCGUUGCCGACGGCGGGCUGGACGAGCCGCUGGACAUGGCGCCGUUCGCGCGCGGCGCGUCCGUCAGCGUCUCGUCGGUCCGCAGCCUGGCCAAGCACCGCCCCGAGGCGCUGGGCGGCCUGCUGCGCCGCUCGGUCGACUUGCUGAAGCGGCACGGGGGGCUUCUUGCCGAGGCCGACGUGGCCGUGCGUGAUGUGGCGUCGCUUGCCGGCGACGUGGGCGGGCGUGUUGUUGUGGCCUACGAUUACGGAAAGAGCCUUGUGCAGGCCCGCAAGUACCCGGCGCGGCUCACCUUCUCGCCGCAGGCCAGCUACCUGCUCGUUGGCGCGCUGGGCGGGCUGGGCCGAAGCCUGGCGGCGUGGAUGGUGCAGCGCGGCGCGAGGCACCUCGCCUUCCUCUCGCGCUCGGGCGCCGACAAGCCCGAAGCGGCGGCCGUGGUUGCGUCGAUUGAGCAGGCCGGCGCCACCGCGCACGUGUUCCGCGCCGAUGCCUCCAGCGAGGAGCACGUCGUCCGCGCCGUCGCCGAGCUGCAGGCCAGCGGCCGCCCGAUCAAGGGCGUCGUGCACGCGGCAAUGGUGCUGCAGGACGCCAUGUUCGAGCGCAUGACGCUGGCGCAAUACCUUGCCGCCGUGCGCCCCAAGGUGCUCGGCGCCCGCAACCUCGACCGCGCCCUGCAGGGCGUCGAGCUCGACUUCUUCGUCGCCACCAGCUCCAUCUCGGCCACCCUGGGCAAUCCGGGCCAGGCCAACUACGCCGCCGCCAACAGCUACCUCGACGCCCUGGCCGCCCACCGCGUCGCCCGCGGCCAGCCCGCCACCUCGCUCAUCCUGCCCAUGGUCCGCGAGGUCGGCGUCGUGGCCGAGAGCGACGGCAGCCUCGAGGCGAGCCUGCUGCGUAAGGGCAUGUACGGCAUCGACGAGGCCGAGAUGCUGCGCGCCUUCGAGACGGCCAUGACGCCGCGCAGCAGCAGCAGCAGCAGCAACGCUCAGCUCGUGCUGGGCCUCGAGCCCGCGCGCCUCGCCGAGACGGCCGUGACCGAGUCGUACUGGUACGCCGACUCGCGCCUCGCCGGCAUCCGCGCCACCGUCGAGCGCCUGGUCGCCUCGUCGUCGCCGUCGUCGUCGUCGUCAUCCGCCGGCUUCGCCGCCAAACUGCAGGCGGCCCAGACGCCUGACGAUGCUGUCGCCGCCGUGGCCCUGCACAUCAUGGAGCGCUGUUCGGGCAUCCUGCUGCGCGGCGUCGACGAGUUCGACGUCGCCGGCCCGUCCAUCGCCAGCUACGGCCUGGACAGCAUGAUUGGCGCCGAGCUGCGCAACUGGCUGUUCCGCGAGUUCGGCCUCGACGUGCCGUUCCAGGACUUGCUGGCUCCGACCCUGAGCUUCAAGGAGCUGGCGAUCAAGGUUGCGGCGAAGCUAGGGUUGCUGGGAGAGUAG